CUGAUUCCCUGCUCCCCCGCGCCCGGAGGCUGCUAAGGGGGGCAGGGCAUUGGGCUAAUGACUCCCCGGGAUGAUGGGAUCCUAUCUGCGGCUCCAAUGUGGGAGCCUCUAGGCUGGGUGUUCCCGGGAAAUCCUUCCUCUGCGCACCCUGGUUCCUCCCGCGGCUCCAGCCCGGCUGGCCCAGCAGCGCAGUCCCGCCUAGCCCCCUGCCCCCACGCCGCGGCUGGCUCCGGGUGCGGGGGGCCCCGGGGCACGGAGCUGGGCGGCGCAGGGAGGCUGGAACCGGAGCCAGUCUGCGCCAGGAACCGGCAGCGGCUGGGAUGUUUUCCCAGGGAUGGUGUUUAUAACGGUGCUGAUUGCCCGGACUCCUGGGUCCUCAGGGGAGAGGCCAGAAGGGAGGGAGCGCUGUGCUCAUCUAGUCUGCCCUGCUGUGGGACACAGGGUCCCAGGGCUGCCCCCAAAGGACAGAGGCGGGCUGGGCCCCCAGUGUGUCCCCGCUGGGGGGCAGAUGCACAGGAAGGGAGCGGAGAGGAAGAGCGAGAUCCGCAGAGAGAGUGAGGAGGGGAGAAGGACCCCCCCACACACAUACACUCCCCCCAGCAAGAGAACCAGACAGCCGGGGGGAUGGCAGCCCCGGUAGGAAACAGUCCCUGAGCUCUGCCCUUGGGCACUACUGUAACAAACCCGGUUAAUAAUAAGUAUGGAGUGGGGCAGAGGGGUUAGAAAUGUUCCCUAACCCCACUGGGCAAUCAGAACCGCUCUGGGCCCCCGGGCAGGGGGGCUGGCUAGCCCAGGGCAAUGGGGAAUGGGGCACAAGGCCUUUCCCCUCUAGGGGGUGCCAGCUCCAAUCCAGCCCCAGGGCAGGGGGACCGGCUGGCUCAGGGCAGCGGGGACGGGAUAGAUCAGGUUGGGGACUAUCUGUGGUCACUGCAGUGGCAUUUGGGGAGUUACACAAGAGACCAUGUGAACAGCAUUGUUUUCACUGUCUGUCCUGUAAUCACUCACCAGGCGCCGGUGGGGUUCGAGGAGGUGGCCGUGUAUUUCUCCCGGGAGGAGUGGGGACUCCUGGACGAAGGGCAGAGGCAGCUCUACAGGGACGUCAUGCAGGAGAAUUACCAGACUCUGAUCUCGCUGGCAGGAUUCCCCGUCCCAGACCCGGCCGUGAUCUCCUGGAUGGAGCCCGGGGAAGAGCCGAGGGUCCCGGAUCUCCAGGGCUCUGAGGAAAGCGAGAUCACCCGCACAGCAGGCGAGAGGCGCUGGAGGCAGAACCAGGAGAAUCCCAUCCAGGGAAGCCUCAAGAGGCUGGAACCUCAGCAGACCUUCCCGGGGAUAGCCCGGAAGUGGGCCAUGCAGAACUCUAGCCCGGGCAGGACUUGGGGGAGCCAGCAGGGGGCCCUUGGUGCUAGAGGGCAGGAGGUGCCCCCGCCUGGCAGAUCUGCUACAUCUGGCCGCCGGGAGCGAGGCUUCGGCCGGCUCCUGGGCAUCCUCUUCGAGCCCUCGGCCGUGGCAAGGCCGCCUCGGCCCAGGGAGCAUGGGAGGGCCCCUGGGCGCAGCAAGGGCUCUGGGAGGCCCUACGGCUGCACCGAGUGCGACAAGAGCUUCCGGCAGAAGCCGCACUUGGUGACUCACCUGCGCACCCACACGGGCGAGUGGCCCUACCUGUGCGCUGCCUGCGGCCGGGCCUUCGGCCAGAGCUCCAACCUGAUCGAGCACCAGCGCCCCCAUGCCGGCGAGACCCGCUUCCGCUGCCCUGACUGCGGGAAGAGCUUCUGUCUCAGCUCCAGCCUGGCACAGCACCGGUGCCUCCACGCAGGGGAGCGGCCCUACCGCUGCGCCCAGUGCGGGAGGAGCUUCUGCCACAAGCACCAGCUGACCCGGCACCACCAGGGACACGCCGAGGAGGAGACCGGUGCACACCCCACCAUCUGCAGCGAGUGUGGGAAGAGCUUCACCCGGAGCUCCCUGCUGGCCCAGCACCAGCGGGUGCACACGGGGGAGCGCCCCUACCAGUGCACUGAGUGUGGGAAAAGCUUCAGCCGCAGCUCCACCCUCAUCCAGCACUGGAGGACCCACACCGGGGAGCGGCCCAAUACGUGCACCGAGUGCGGGAAGGGAUUCAGCCAGCGCUCCGACCUGGUGAAGCACCUGCGCACCCACACCGGGGAGCGCCCCUACCAGUGCCCCGACUGCGGUCAGAGCUUCAGCCGCAGCUCGGACCUCAUCAAGCACCAGCGCAUCCACACCGGGGAGCGGCCCUACAUCUGCCCUGACUGCGGGAAGGGCUUCAGCCGCAGCUCCGACCUCUUCCAGCACCAGCGCACCCAGCGCGGCGAGAAACCUUACACGUGCACCGAGUGCGGGAAGAAGUUCAGCCGCAGCUCCAACCUCAUCCGCCACCAGCGCACCCACACGGGCGAGAGGCCCUACGUCUGCCCCGACUGCGGGCGCGGCUUCUCCCAGAACUCCCACUACACGGACCACCAGCGGAGCCACCGCCAUGAGAAACCCUACCACUGCACCCAGUGCGGCAAGGACUUCGGGCGCAGCUCCACCCUGGUCAAGCACUGGCGCACACACACCAGGGAGAUCCUGUGAGCCUGGGGCAGACUUUCAACUCUCCAGUUGUGGACCAGGAAUCCCAAUGUGGCCUCCUGGGGAACUUGACUCAGUGUCGCCCCCAGGGUCAGCUUGGGUUGGUGAUGCCACUAGUCACUGCUGGUCCCUUGGGGGAUUUGAUACAGUGUAUUAUCCAGGGUCAGCCUGAUUAACAGUGUUACCAGUAGAGUCAAUGCUCUUCUCCUGGAGGAUUUGAUACAAUGUUUCCAGAGGGGUCACACACACCCCUUAACCUGGCACAUUUGAUACAAUGUUUCCACCAGGGUCAUUUCUCCUUUCCGUAAAUAAUUUGAUUCAAUGUU